UUGCACAUUUCGUUUUGCUGAUUUUUUAAGAGGAAUACUCAGAUAGAUAUUUUUUCCUUUCUGUGUGCGCGUAUUUGCGGUAGGCUAUGGAGGAAUACGUUAGUAUGUUGUAUGAUGACAUUUUUAGCGCUCUAUCAAAGGACAAAAAGAAACGUUCAUCCCGCAAAUCGAGGUCCAAAAAGCAAAGUAUUUAUAGGGUCUGCCAUGGCAAUGGGCGUUUCUGGUGUCCUGAGCCCUACAACCUCAAAGACUGGGCUUUCGUUAGGAGGAGGCGUGUGAGCUUCUCAAGCAAUGUGCAGGUAAUUCUUUUCGACAAGGAUAGUUGAAUUCCAGUAGAAAUGAGAAUGCUUAUUUCUUUUCAAGGUGAGAGAUUUUCUGCUACUCUAGUCUUUCUCUUCGAACAUCGAAAGAGCA